AUGAAAUAAAAAGAAAUUAGUUUUUCUCAAAGUGAACUGAAUUUCAGUUUAUUCACAAUAAGUAUUUAAUUAAUUUUUUAAGUUUAGUUAUUGUGAAUUUUGUAUAAGAUCUUCUCUUUUUGAUUGUUUAAUAGGAAUCAGAGGGAGUUGGAAAUGGAAAGGAGCAAUUGUUUGGUAUAUGA